AUGGCAGUCGAACGCGCAAAAGCGGUAACCAGCUUGGCCGAUAUCGUGAAGGAUGUGUGGAAAGGCUUGGAGGAGACCAUCAUCGGCCACAUCGGCGCCGCGCAAACCAACAUUGUCGCCGCGGUUACACGCAACAUUGUCUUGCCGCCGCCGCCACCUCCUCCCCCCCAAACUCAGACCAUCCCGGAGGAGCUCCUGAAGUCGUUCAAGGCCGACGUGCUGAAAGCGGUGACGGAGGCCACACAGCAGUCGUUUCUUGCCUCCGGCUUAAAGAUAAUGUCCGAGGUCGUCGGCACAGUUGCGCCUGCUCGGCGUGGGUCGUCGCCGUCGGCGAACGGCGCCGGCCAAGCGCAAGGAAAGGAAGCCCUGAAACAGGGUCAGAAGAGGGGGGCAGGCGGCGGCGGGGGAGACGGAGGCGAUUCAACGAGCGUGAAGCGGAGCAAGGGAGCUGGAGGGUCCCGCGUCGCCGGCGAAGGGAGCAAGGGAGCUGGAGAGGAUGGUUUGGCGAAGCAAUCUAAGAGCGUGGUCGACAUCCUGAAGAAGCACUGGGCUACUGUUGGAUCGCCAGGCACGGGCCAUGGAGGAGGGAGUGCAGAUGGGGGCCCCGCUGCUCAAGACCCUGGACCAACAGCCUCGCCCUUGGUCGCAGACAAGGAGAUCCCAACCACUCAAACGGCGGUAGAUGGCGGUGCCAGAACCGUCAAGGGUCCGUCUGUCGGGGUGGCGGGGACCACGUCGACUCCCCGUAAACCCCCGGCGGCUAGCAGCGCGCCGGUCGGCCCGUCAGCCACCAACAACGAUGGGCCGGCUACUCUAGCUCCAGCAGGCCCGUCUGCCGCCAAAGGCGACGCGAAGGACGCUGCGGCUAAGGUGCCCGCAGCGGCGAACGCGCUCAGGGAAAUGCUUCACCGCUUGGAGGCCCAUCGCAAGGACGUGCAGCAGCCUCCUUUGGCCGAUGCCGCCCUCGCCGAAACAACACGUCGCUCGGUCACUCCGCAGGUCGACGCCACAGUGUCCAAUGCCCCACCUACCGCGCCACUGGUCGCCGCCCGUCCUCCCGCGGACCCAAAGUCCGCAUUGCUUCGCGCCCGGUUAGGCGCACGUGCAAACGCGGCUGCACACACACCCGGUGCAGCUGUUGUCGAUGCGGCGGCGGAGAAGGGCACGAGUGCAGCGCUAGCCACCGGGGGCGGAGCCAUUGACCCUGCACAGGCGACGAAAGGCCACAACGACGCCGACAUCGCGGCCAUCCAGGACCUGUUGGAAGCGGCAAAACGCCUCGGGCACCCCCCUGCCCUGGCCAUCUCGGACACGGCGCAUGUAGAGUCCUCGGCGAGUCCCGCCGGUGGUUCAGCGGAGCCCAAGACGACCACCGAUGCUGUCGACGAGGGAAAGUCGAAUCGGGAGGGGAAGGCCGACACAGGGAGGGCGAGCUUUCAGAGGAAAACACGGGCGACGUCUGCGACGAAGGUGAUGUCGGCCGAGACAGGGCAGGAGAAUGCAAAAGCGAAGGAGAUUCUGGAGAAGUCGGUCGGCAAGGGUACGUCGGCGAAGAAAGGGAAGGAGAAGGCGGCGGAGAAGGAGAAGGAGAAGGAGGAGGAGACGGAGAAGGAGGAGAAGGAGAAGGAGAAAGGACGGAAGGGUCAUGGCAUCCGCCAAGACAAAUCAGGCGACGGGCUAGGGUGGGUGGGCGAGAUUAAGGUGGUCGGCAUUAAUCGAUACAUCGGCAAGUCGCGCGAAAAGUUGGAGCUGGCGUACCUGCACUCGAUUGCGUACAUCGUCUACGACGGUUACGUCAGCAAGGUCCUCUUGGCCGAGCUCACCGGCUUGGACGAAACCGAGUUGGAGAAGUGGAGGAAGGUGUGGGAGGAGGUCAAGAUCUUGCCGACAGGGAUGUGGACGGUGAUAUGGGCACGGGGCGCGUACCUUCCAAAAACACUCUCAGGCGAUGCGCACCACGACGCGCUCUUUCCAGCGAUCUGGUUCCCCGUCGAUGCCGACACGAAGGAAGGGAAGGAGAAGUCGGAUGCUAUGAUGUCGGCCAUGAUAGACCGCGUGUCCAAAUGCGCUGCGUAUGGGAAAGUCGUUGCGAGCGCGACGAGGAAGGAGGGAGACACGGAUGAGAUGACGGCGAUGGCGACACAAGCGUGGUCGGCCUCCGCUUGCGCCGUGUGGUGCUUGGUCGAGAACGAAGCCGCCCAGGUGGUCGAUGCUGUGGGCGAAGGGAAGGCGGCGGCGAUGGUGGUCGGUGCGAGCGAUACGACCGCCGGUGUCUUCAAGAAGGUCAUGCAGGCGGUGCUGGAGGCCGAGAUCGACAGGGACCAACCCCUGGGGGAGGUUGCGCACAACGUCGCGCCGGCGCUGCAGAGUCUCGCUCUGCAAAGGGUCUAUCCGGGGAUGGAUGUUGAAGUCGAAGCCGACGUGAUUGCUAGAGCGACGGUGGAGACCAUGGCGUUCUCGGGAAUGUGCCCCGUCGCCGGGCCGAAACUCGAAGAGAUCGGCAUCUCGGUGCCGUGUGACGCGCAGAUGGAGUGGGACAUUGAACACAGGGGGAGGAAGGGGCAGAGGGGCAAGCAGGGCAAGGACAGCACGGGGAAGAAUAAGGGCAAGGUCGGCAGGAAGGGGAAGGACAGCACGGCGGCGUAG